CACCCUCAGUGUGUGUCUCCGGGCCGGCUGAUUCUCGCCUCAGUUACACUGGCACAGGCAGCCCUGUCUUUACAGCCGCUCUUUGGGAAUAUGUGUGUGGAGAAGGACACCUCGGAUUGCCCGCUCUCAGGCUCCGUCUCCUCUGAGGAGAUCCAGACCCUGAACGACAUCGGCACCGCCGCCGAUGCGCCAUCCAGCCCGGCGGAGAAAUUCCGGGCGCUGUACCGCUUGCGCCCUCACAUCGCGGCGGGGGUGCUGAGCUUCGGCUAUGUGGUGAAUUACAUGGACCGGUACACAGUGGCAGGUGUACUGGCAGACAUCCAGAGACACUUUGGAGUGAGUGACAGCAAAUCCGGAUUGUUGCCUACAGUUUUCAUCUGCAGUUUCAUGGUGGCCACUCCAAUCUUUGGUUUCCUUGGCGACCGCUUCAACAGGAAGUUCAUCUUGAGCUGUGGGAUAUUUUUCUGGUCAGCUGUUACCCUUAUCAGCUCCUUCAUCACCAAGCCGAACUUUUGGCUGUUUCUCAUUUCAAGAGCUUUGGUCGGUUUUGGUGAGGCCAGUUACUCCACAAUCGCUCCCACCAUCAUUGCUGACAUGUUUUCCAAAGACACCAGGACCUGUAUGCUGUCCUUCUUCUACUUUGCCAUUCCACUAGGAAGUGGACUUGGGUACAUUCUUGGAUCCUGCGUGACACAGGCGUCUGGAGACUGGCACUGGGCACUGCGGGUGACUCCAGCCAUGGGCUUUGCGGCAGGGACCCUCAUCAUCCUACUCGUACCAGAACCAAAGAGGGGAGCAGCAGAACAACAUAUGGUGCAGCUCCGAGCCAGUACAUCAUGGUGCAAAGAUAUGAAGGCCGUGAUUAAGAUUCCGAGCUUUGUGUUCUCCACUCUGGCCUCGGCCUCCGUGUCCUUUGCCACUGGUGUCCUGGGGAUGUGGAUCCCGUUGUACCUGUUCCGUGCGGAGGUUGUACAGAAGAACAUCGAGCCCUGCACUGUGGAGCCCUGCAGUGGCAGAGACAGUUUGAUCUUUGGAGCAAUUACUUGUGUCACUGGGUUCCUCGGACUGAUUGUGGGUGUUGCAGCGACAAGAUGGUACCGCACUAAAAGCUCCCGGGCCGACCCGCUGGUCUGUGCGUUUGGAAUGCUCAGCUCAUCCAUCUUCAUCAGCCUGAUCUUUGUGUUUGCCCGGUUCAAUAUCGUGGGAGCCUAUAUGUGUAUAUUUAUCGGAGAAACACUCCUCUUUUUGAACUGGGCCAUCACAGCAGAUAUCCUCAUGUAUGUUGUUAUUCCAACCCGUCGCUCAACAGCUGUAGCCUUGCAGAGUUUCACCUCUCACUUGCUUGGAGAUGCAGGCAGCCCCUACUUAAUCGGUGUUAUCUCGGACGUGAUUAGACAGAGUAAGCCCGAUUUGGAUCUGUGGGUGUUCCUCAGUCUGGGUUACGCCCUCAUGCUGUGCCCGUUUAUCGUUGUCCUAGGAGGGACCUUCUUCUUGGCAACAGCCCAUUUCAUUGUGCAGGACCGAAACAGAGCUCAUCAACAGGUGGAAGAGAUGAAGCUGGUUUCUGUGAAAGUUUAGUCAGCCAAGGCUGGAGCAGGUGAAAAUGGCUCACAACUCAGCGACUUUCGCCUUCAAACGACAGCGCAGUUUAUCAUCAGUGCGUAACGGGACCAGUCGACUGCCGAGGAAGUGGUGAAUCGCCCAAAGAGCGUAGGGGACGGCACAACUUUCAAAGGGUCUCAACUAUAAGGAACCUCUCCCCUUUAGGGAUGCAGCCUCUCGUUCUCUUUCAAUUACGGAAAUCGCUGCGUGUAAGAACAGUCUGAAAAUUUUGCAUUUGUCCCUGGUUUUAUUUUUUCCACGAGGUUAUGCACUAGGGUGUCAAGACCUGAUCUCCGGGUUUGGAGCCAUGUUUCAACUCCAAAGAACAAGAGAAUGCCGCCAAUCUCUGCUUCAACAACGUGGAGCUACGUGUGAUCAAAAUAAGGCAAGCGUUCUGAUAAGUGUCGAAGACACGAAAUAUUAUUCCUUUCAUUUAAUGCUGCAGGUUAGAGUUGUCUCUAGGAGAUAACUAAAGUGCAUUGCGGGGAGCAGCUGAAAUCUCCACCCCCACGACAACUACACAGAAAAACCCGACUGUACAUAUUACCCUUAAAUGAGAGAGCACUUUGAGCUGUACUACACUGGAAUGCCGACUUGCCUGUUACUUAUGGAUGUGCUGGUAAUAGGAAUAAUAGCAACCAGUGAAUUGAGUUUCAGCAUUAAGGUGUAUUAAGACUCUGUGAUUUUUGUACUAAUGCCAGUGAUAGCAAUGUAACCACUGGCUUAUGAAUAUGCACUAAAAAUCCCUUGAAGUGAAUCAAGCUGCACUAAGCAAUCUUCAACUCUUUCUUUCUACACCUACUUUCUAAAAUUAUAUCAGAUUGAAGCCAAUGAACAGGUCAAGGUUGAAGGCAGAUAGGCAGCAUGCAAUGUCUAAACUCCUUUUAAAUGCAGCAACCAAUUUGACAUCAUCUAUUCUUAUUGCUUUCUUGAAGACGGGUCCCAGUGAGUAGUUUCUAGUCAUUCCUCAACCUUCUGCUCUUUUAAGAUGUAAGUGAUGAAUCCCAUAACAGAAACUAUAUUGUGCAACUCCCCACAAUUUCCUCUCCAUUUCUCUCUCAAAGGCAUCUUUACCCAAGUAGCUAUCCAUCAAGUUCCUGUCAGCAAUCCCUUUCACCAAGGAGGUCCUCUUCCAAAUUUCCCUCCCUGUAACGUCCAGGAGGUAUCAUUGUAUUCAGUGUAUUUUUCCUGUUUCUGAGCCUAGGGAGAUCAAGGACACUUGUAAGUCGAGUGCCACUUGGUUUGAGAUGUAACCUGGUAUCUUCCAGGCUACGUGGCUGAGUAUUGCACCAUCUACUGUUUCACUGCAAUGGAUUAACAAUAUUAGGGUAGAUAUGUUUAUGGACAGAAUGUCCUGUUACAGAAAAAAGACCAACUUAAAACAAUUAGAGGCAAAAAAAAUUAAGGUAAGAGUAAUAUAAGAACUGAUCUAUCAAGUGUGGGUAAAAACUGCAAAAGUGUGUUUUCCAUGUUGUGCUAACUUGCUGAUACAUGUAACUCUUUUGAGUACAAACACGUUUCCAUCUGUUCCUAUUCAGAUGAAGUUACAUUGUUUCAUAGUUUGCCAUUUUGAGAUUUGAACUCUUGUUCUUGGGAUUACAAGCCCAGUACUAUAACCACUUGGCUAUUUAGGCCAAGCCUUGCUGAUACAUGUAUUAGAAUCAAUUGAUUUCCCUUUUUAAAGCAGUAAUUAGGUUUGUUUUCUUUUUUUUAAAUAUUCUUAUUUCUUCCGUGCCUCCUGUUAACUGUCUCCCACCACCCUCUUAGUUUUAGAUGUUGCUGCAGAAUCCUCAGUAGUUCAGGCAUGUACAGGUGCGAACCACAAGUAUUUGGUCACCAACUGUAACAUCUACAAAUUCCAACCAAAUUAUUUGCAUGCAAGCAAUAAUGGAUGACAAAAUAAUUUAUUGGAAAAACUGGCCUCUCUGGAAUGUGCUAGUCACAUGAAUUGCUGCUGCUCAUGAACUGGGUGGUUAGCAGGCAAUCCUGCUGCAGGAGUACAGCCAGCACAGGCCUCUCCCUGUACUUUUACACAUCGAGUCACUUCAUGCUGUUACCAUUGCAAUGACAUUCACUCAGUAAAAAUAAUAAAGAUGGCAGAAAUGAGAUGAAAUUUAUGAAAAGGUCCUCUUGGCAAUAGUUAGCUCUAAUGUCCUUGAAAUGCAGCCUACCUUCUAAACUGCUAAACUGAGAAGCCAACUUAUUAGGCCUCAUCGCCCUGUCCAGUGUCUUGGUUCAUCAAGACUAUGAGCUACGUCUUCUCUGAAGAUAAUAUUGAUCAAAUCGUGCCUAUGUUGAAAGUUUAACUAAUUUUCAAAACGUAUCAUGUAAUUCCACCAUUCUAGGUUGUUAGUGACAGUGAAACUUGGGACCACUCUGGAAACAAGGCACCAGUGAAUCCAUCGCUUGCAUUCAAUGUUAAAAGUGAUUAUAUUUAAACAUAGGAAUGGGGUGUGAUAUACAACUUGCAUCGAGUUUAGCCUUAGGCCUUCAAGAAAAUGUGCAAUUUUUUUUUAUUAUACCAUAGGUUUUAGGGACAAGCAGGUAACAGAAGGUCCAUGGUGCUGAGGAAUACUUAGCAGUAGGGAGAAGUUAAUGGCUUAAGGGGUAUAACGCUCCUCAGCUACAAAUUAACAGCUCAGAACCUAUCCAAAAAUUCAUGUCCUACCAUAUAUCACAGUGGCCCACCAACUGAUAAUGAUGCAGGAAAAGACAGUCAUGAGAUUAGGUGCUAUUAUCAAAAUUGGUGUUGUCCGAUAUAGAUUACUGACUAACCACAGAUGUUGUAAUACUUACAGUGCUUUGGUUACAUGCUCCAAUUUUAGUAGAAUGUGCUUUACACACUACAGAUAAAUGCACUUCACAUGUGGAUAUUUGCUUACAUCUACUACCAUUCAGUAACCCAGGAAGUAACACAUGCACAAGUAUCAAGGAAACUGACAGUUUCCAAAAAAAAUACACAAAGGUCAAAAGUUCACAUACAAACAUCAUGCUCAAUGCUUGUACCAAGAUCAUAUAACCAAUGACAGUGUCUUAAUUACUGAUUAAAAUUGCAAUUAGCUUCAUCAUGUGGUUAGUGGCUAAUGUAAUGGACAACGCUGAGCUAAACCAUCCAAUGAAACAGCCAGUACUGUUAAUGCAAGCAUCAGAUCAAAGUACAAUUUCUCAGUUGUGGGUUAAGAUGUUAUCUGGUGUGUUGUGAAUGUUUGAAAUUAUUGACAAGACAUUCCUCAAGAGAGACUGCUUUCCUUCCUACAUAGUUUGUACUUAUUACUCAUACCUUACACAGAAGGAAUUAUGUAAAUUCUAUGAUUCAGAGUUUGCCAAAUUGUAAAUUAAAAGUACUAUCCAAUGCCAAAAGCGAUUUGUUCACUUAACCUAUCAGUCUUUACCCUCUCCUGCAAGACUUCCAAUUGCUGCUGCCUGAUUUUCUAUAACUGAACUAUAUAUGAUAGGUUGUGUUGAAUUUUAUUUUGUGUAAUAUGCAUUUGUUCCUGUAUAAAUUCUAUUCACACUGUUCAAGUGUCUGAGAUUUCUUGUCAAACAAGAACUUUUUUGUAAAAGUAAAUCUAUUUUAUCUGAUUAUUUCAGGUAUAUUUUAUUGUUUAAAGCCAAAGUAUAUAAAUUAUACACACAAAUAUAGCUCAAAUGUAUCUAUACUCAUGUAAGUUAAUAAACUAUUUGAAUGCA